AUGGCCACUGACUCGUCCCGGGCCCGUCGCCUUGCUCUGUACGCCGAGGCUCUUGCUGACGCCGAUGCAGCCCGGGCAGCCCGCCUCGCCUCGACCGCCUCGCCCUACGCCUCGACCGCCUCGCCCUACGCCUCGCCUGCCGAUCGUGCGACGCUAGCUGCUGCGGCUGCGGCUGCUGAACUGGAUGCGCUUUACGCUCCGCUUCGUCGCGUUCUUGCUGACGAAGCGGCAGCGGCCGAUGCCGCCGCUGCCGCCGCUGCAGCCGCUGCCACUGCUGCUGCCGCUGCUACUGUCGCGCCGGCCGCCGCUGCGUUCGGCUCGUCUGCAGCUCGCACGGCAACAUCGCCAUCGUUACCGGCAGCAGCAGCGGUGGCAGCAUCGAAACAGGAACAGGCGCUGAUCGAGUCUGAGGUGCGGGCGCGGGCGCGGGCUCUGGUUGAGGCUGAUCUCGCCGCCCGCUACCCGCCGUCUAUCCUCGGCCCGGCGCGCCCACCCACUCCUGUCCAACCGGCGCUGAAGCUGUCAGCUAUGGACGUGAUGCUGUCGUCGUCGCUCAGGCGGUCUCACCGGCGCUCGCUUCCGCCUGUGGCGCUGACACCGACGGUGGUACCACAGGCUGCCGGAGCGGCGCCAGCUGUGCCAUCGCUCGACUUUAGCUCCGUCUCGCACGCGCACGCUUCGCCAGUGGCAGUCCGUCGCGCGGCGCAUGCCGCCGUCUCGUGCCCGCCGCUCGCCGAGCCCUUGGUGGGCGUAGCCGUCGAGCGGACGAUGCCGCGCCCGGUUGCGGUUGCAGCGGUGCAGACCGAGCCGGAUCACCGAGUGGUGGCCAUGAUGGGCGAGAAGGCUGUGCUGGCUCAGCAUGCGACUCAGGCGCUGGGCAUGGUUGCGCAGCUUCGGGAGGAGCUCGAGCGGACCCGCCAGGCGCUGGCCGAGGCACGCCAGCGCGCCCCCAGCCGCUCGUGCGGGACCCAGACGCUGGUUCUGCCAUCGCUAGAGGAGGCGGCAAUGCGGACAGAGCUUGAUGCGCUCUGUGCAGACAACGCUGAGCUGCGGAUCCGCGCUGGGCACGCCGAGUCGGCGCACACGUCCGCGCUUGCCACCAUCGCCGAGCUCCAACGCGAGUUGGCCCAGGCCGAUGCGCGCCUCCUCACACUUGCGCGCCACACUUCGCUUCUCCGACAAGUCGACGCUGUUCAGCUUGCCAACCUCUCUGGCACCGCUGCGCUCCAGGCGCGGCAGCUGGCGCGCCGUCCGGGAGUCGUCCCCGUAUCGCCGUGA